AUGCUGAUCACCAUGCCGAGUCAGCGCAAGCUGUUCACCAUCAUCCUCGCCAUCUGCGCAUUCAGUCUCGUCCUGCUGAUCGCCCACUGGCCCGCCACCUUCGACAACCUACCCGUCCCUCACGCGCCCAAGCCCUCCCACGGCGGCAAGGUACCCGAUCGCGAGCCUGAGAAGCCCAAACCGAAAUACAAGUCGCCGCCGAAAUACACCCCGCCUCCGAUCAAGGACAACUUCCCCCUCUUGUCGUCAGAGGGCAAGAACACCCCGCCCCCGAUCCCUUCAUGGAACGUCCCCCCGAAGGACCUCUACACGCAAUACAACCUGCCGACCCCGCCCCCCUUGCUCAUCGGCUUCACGCGCUCCUGGCCCAUGCUCCAGCAGACGGUGAUCAGCUACCUCACAGCCGGCUGGCCCGCCUCUCAGAUCUACGUCGUCGAAAACACAGGCACCCAACAAGCCAACGCGCGCCGGCAGCUAACCCUCCAAAACCCCUUCUACCUCAACCACACAGUCCUGAAAGACAUCUUGGGGGUGAACAUCAUCCAGACGCCCACCCUCCUCAGCUUCGCGCAGCUCCAGAACUUCUACCUCGCUCUGAGCUACGAGCGCCAAUGGCCUUACUACUUCUGGUCGCACAUGGACGUGCUGGCCUUCUCUUUUGAAGACGGAAACUCAAAAAGCAAAGCAAAGUAUAACGAGGAGGGAUACAGCUCUCUCUACACCAUGGCCCUCAAAACCCUCAAGGACGCGCGCGAAAACGAUCCGAGAUGGGGAAUCCGCUUUUUCGCCUAUGAUCACCUGGCGCUGGUCAACCCGGUGGCGUACGAGGACGUUGGAGGAUGGGAUACCUUGAUCCCCUACUACAUCACCGAUUGCGACAUGCACUCUCGCUUGACGAUGCGCAACUGGUCGAUGAAGGACGCGAGGUGGGCGGGCGCCAUUUUUGAUGUCAGCGUGGCGCUGGAUGAUCUGAGUGUGUUGUACAGGGUGGAUGGGGUGAAGCCGUCUUUCACCGAUCCGAAUCCGCCGCCGCCUAACUUGAAGAAGGGCGGGAUAUUCAGGUGGAAGAGGGAUGCGGAGGAGGAAGAGAUGAAGAGGAACCAGAAGAGGGAAGAGAUCGUUGCUGGGUGGUUGGAGGGACGGAGCCCCAGGGGUAGGGCCAUUAAGGAGGCUUUGGUGAACAAGAGGGAGGAUGAAAAGAAGUCCGAGGAGCAGAAGAGUGAGGAGGAGCACAAGACGGGUGAGUUGGAUAAGUGGAGAGCGCUCCAGAAGAUUGCCGAUGACAUGUUCCACUACAAGCAUGACGGCAAGCGCGGCCGCAACACGUGGCAGCUAGGUCAGCACGGUGGACAGGGAGAGCCGUUCUACUACAAUGCAGCUGGAUUAGCUGAGGGCAUCGAGCUCAUCACCGAGACCGGCAAGGAGGUUUAUAGGAAGAAAUGGGGACACAGGGACUGCGAUUUGAUCACGAAGGCCGGACUGAGCUUCGAUGAUCAGUGGAUGGUGGAGAAGGACUGGGGGAUGUUUUAA